AUUCAUAUUUCAUUCAUCAAUCCAUCAAUGAUCAAUUCAUUUGCGGAUAGCAAGUAAAUGGAUGUGAGAAAAUCACAUUUUUAUCUUAUGAAUAAACUUUUAAUUCAGUUUUAAUUUACGCCGUCGUAAGUGUCGAAGUCAUGGCUGGAAGCGAAGAGGUACCCGGCACGAUAUCCCAAGAAGAUAUCGAUGAAGCAGAGAAAUUAAAAAAUGAAGCGAAUGAAUAUUUCAAAAAACAAAACUACGAUCGUGCAAUUGAAUUAUAUACUAAAGCAAUAGAGAAAAACCCGAAAAAUGCGGUUUACUACGCAAAUAGGAGUAUAUCCAACUUAAGACUGGAGAAUUUUGGUUAUGCACUAAGUGAUGCAUCAAUGUCGAUUGAUUUAGAUAAAUCCUAUACAAAGGCGUAUUACAGGCGAGCAGCGUCGUAUAUGUCUUUAGGGAAGUACAAGUUAGCGCUUAAGGAUUUUGAAUAUGUAACCAAAGUUAGGCCAAAUGAUCAAGAUGCAAAAAUGAAAUACAAUGAAUGCAAUAAGAUAGUGAAGAAAAUAGCCUUUGAAAAAGCCAUCUCUGUGGACAGGAAGGAAGUCAACAUUGCUGACACUAUUAACCUGGAUGCUAUGACCAUUGAAGACGAAUAUGAAGGGCCAAGUCUGGAAGAUGGUAAAGUAACUCUGAAGUUUGUCACAGAACUGAUGGAAUACUAUAAAGAACAGAAGAAACUACACAAAAAAUAUGCAUAUAAAAUUCUAAUAGACGUUAAAGCGUAUCUCCAAAAACAACCAUCUCUAGUGGACAUCAAAGUGCCAGAUGAUAAGAAAUUCACAGUAUGUGGGGACAUACAUGGCCAGUUCUACGACCUUAUGAACAUAUUUCAAUUAAAUGGUUUACCGUCUGAAACUAAUCCGUAUCUGUUCAACGGAGAUUUCGUGGAUCGAGGGUCUUUCAGUGUGGAAUGCAUCUUCACCCUGUUCAGUUUUAAAUUGCUGUACCCAGAUCACUUUUAUAUGUCACGAGGCAACCACGAAACCCUAGACAUGAACCGUAUGUACGGCUUCCGAGGCGAGGUGACGUCCAAGUACACAUCACAAAUGGCAGACCUGUUCACGGAGGUGUACAACUGGCUGCCGCUGGCGCACUGCAUCAACGGCCGUGUGCUGGUGAUGCACGGCGGCCUGUUCUCCAAGGACGACGUCACGUUGGACGACAUACGCAUGGUGGACAGGAACAAACAGCCGCCCGAGGAUGGCAUCAUGUGCGAGCUCCUCUGGUCAGACCCGCAGUUCAUGGCGGGCCGGGCGCCGUCCAAGCGCGGUGUGGGUUGUCAGUUCGGGCCCGACGUGACCGCGAACUUCCUGCAGAAGAACGGGCUGGACUACAUCAUCCGCAGCCACGAGGUCAAGAACGAGGGCUACGAGGUCGCGCACGACGGGAAAUGUAUUACUGUGUUCUCCGCACCCAAUUACUGUGACACAAUGGGCAACCUGGGUGCCUUCAUCACAAUGAAUGGGAAGGAUCUUAAACCCAACUUCAAAUGCUACGAAGCAGUGCCUCACCCGGACGUCAAACCUAUGGCCUACGCGAACUCAUUCCUGAGCAUGCUCUGUCAAUGAUAUGAGCCCAACUUGUCGGCCAGCCCCGACUCGGAUCUCUUUUACGAGUAAAUCCGACCCAACCGCCAAUCUUAACACCUAUAACUUCCAAAAAUUUGACUAACUUGAGCUAUAAUUGUGACUAUAGUUUUCUUUGUAGUUUGGCGUGGGUGACAGGCAAGAGUUUGAUAUGACUACCGAUUGGAUGACAUUUAAUCGAAUCAAAAAUCGAUUAACGAUUCUCAGGGCCUAGUAUUCGGUAUCGAUUAAAAACGGGAAAAAUAUUUGAAAGUUGAUUUUUUUUUUAUUUAUAGACUAGCGCUUUGACUGCAAUCAGACCUGGUAGCAAAUAAUGAUGCAGCCUAAGAUGGAGCGCGCUUGCCUAGAAGAUGCCUAUCCACCGUUUACUUGACUUUUUUGAGUAGCAUAGUAGGUUGUCAUUUGCAAGCAUCUAUUUAAAUGGCUCGACAGUUAUUAUUUCGAUUAUGGAGUCGCAUGCCGACAAUAGCUAUUUGUUGACAAUACGUAAUUGGUCAUGCAAGUGAAAUAAAUUAAAUUAUUCUGUAUUUUUCUAUAUAACUAUAUCAAAAGAGAUUUUUCGAAGUAAAAGUUCAUAUUUCAAUCAUAACAGAUAAUACUAAUUAAUAAAAUAAAGAAACUUAGUAUGAUUUUCUCACAAUUGCUUCUUUUGACAAAAAUGAACCUAAGUUUCGUUUUAUUGAUGUCACCCAUACCAUGCUAAGACGAAAAUAGUAUAGACUAUAGAGCGACAGCAAAACAUAUACGUUAUGAGUACAUCCCUUUUCUUAGAAAACUAAUGUCUUACGGCCGAAAUCAUAAUAAGUACAGAUCUUCUAUUUCACGGAGACUGUUUGUCUGUGUUUGUGUGCACACGUACACAUUGUUGUAGUGUGCGUGGCGCUCAGUUUCGAAGGCAACGCGGUUUACGUUACGCACACAAAUGCGUUAACGCUUAUCGGUACACUCACUACUACAACCAAGGCCGAACGGUCAUCGUGAAGUGGAUCAUUUUAACUUAUCGACAGAUUACGAAUAGAUUGAUUAUUAUUGAUUAUAUUCGGCCGUUAGACAGCUCUACUACUGUAGUACUCUAUUCCAGAUUUAAUUAUUUCCAUAAACGGAAAACUAUUUUCCAAUAAUACAAAAAAGUAUCGCCUUUGAUAGUUACAUAAUAAUUGGUUUAAGGUUACAUAAUUAAUAAUAAUUAAUUAAAAAAAUAUGCAAGCGAUUUAAAUUAUACAGUUUUAGAAUUGGAUUAUAUUUUUCAUAAUUUCCAUGGAUACAUACCAGUGUGUUUGAAACUUACCUAUGUGUUGCUGCAGUUUGGAUCAUAAAAGGUUUGAGCGUAACGGGGUAUAUUGCCCGCUCACUCGCACUUACAGGCCUUAUCGCAACUGUCGUCAUAAUUUCCAUAAUAAUUGAUAUAGAUUUCCUAUGAUACAAAGGGGUAUUUAUUUUUUAUGUAAGUUCUUAAUUUCCAGAGAAUUAGGGUCAAAUAAAGUGUUUAUAAAUAAUUUGCUAAAAAUAUAAAAUGUUUUGGACGCAUCUUUUCCGAUCCCAAGUAUUUGGAGCAGGUUGUAUUCCAAAGCCGGAAAACAUUGCUGGCAUAGAUAUAUAUUAUACUUAAAUACUAUUUAGGUAUAUAGUACGCUAGAUAUGGCGUGCAAUACUAAUUAAUGAUAGCUGUUUCUUGUGCUGAUUAGAAAGUGUCAAAUGGUCUUCGUAUUCAGAUGAAUCAAUGGGGAUCUACUGGCUAAACUAAUCUCUGAGGGCACCACAAGAUAUCGAUACAAUAUGCGAUUAUUUCGUGAAUUAUUUAAAAUACCUUGAAGCUCCUACUAUUGAAGAAUGGCGUUUGACAGCUUAGUAUAGCCAGAUCCACAGAUGAUAAGGUGCCUCUAUGGCCCGUGCUCCACCUGUCAAAAUAAAUUGGCAGUGUGGAUCCCUAUUAGUUAGGAGUACGCUCAUACAGUCCGACAAGGGUCUUUUGGCGCGUGGCUAAAAUCGGAACUAAAGCCGCCAUCUUGAGAAGUGCACUUGUUGAUAGCGCCCUCACUCAAGUGCCAGAAGAGCCUUAUCUGACUGUAAGUCACAUUUUUUUUUCUUCUCUCAUCUGGCUUUGCAGUAAGUCACAUUACGCAUAUCUAGCGAACUAUGUAGAUAAUAUUAUUACCUUAUCUAUGGUUGCUGGCGAAACAUUUGAAAACAAAACUGUGUGAGAAGGUGCUUCUACAAAUAUUAUGCAGGAAAGGCUUAAAAAAAAUAACGGUGAAUGAAGUGACGGCUAGUAGAAUAAUUUUCUACGGUUUAAAUCCUUCUUUUAAUCUGUAAAUGAAUGCAUUUUUUACUCUGUAUUUAGGUUCUAGUGUUGCCAUUACUUAGUCUUAUAUAUUUUUUAUGUUGCAAUAAACUGUUGAAAUUUUA